AUGCCCGCCUUUGCGGCCAUCAAUGUCGAGCCCGAGGACAACCUCGAGGACGAGGUAGAAGUCACACGGCGCAUUCAAAUCGACGAUGCGCUCAAGCUCUACCAAACGGCCUUGAGGCUCCAUGCGCAAGGCCCCAAGUCUUUUCCUGAGGCCGAGAAGGCAUACGACGUACUCUUUAAGUCGGCCAUUUUCAGCUACCCCGAGGCUGCCACCGACUACGAUCGUGCCGCGCGCCAGACCGUCACACCCCUGACCCCAGGCCCUUCCUUUGUCGCCUCCCUCGAUUCCGCCCUUCUCGACGACAACUCCACCGGAAGCAGCCUGCCGCAGGCAUACUACAUUGCAUACAAGAACCAUGGCCAGUUCCUGCUGGACAAGGUGCGACACAAAGUGCGGACAUGGCGGGCAGAAGGGAAUAAGGGAAACGCCGUGUUUGCGGAGACAGAUGUCCAGGGCGACACGAAGAAUGCACUCGACGAGUUUGAUGCGGCGCUUGACCGCGACCCGUCCGAUGCAGAACUGUGGCGGAGGACGUCGCGCAUCGCCGCCUUUCUGCGAAGUGCCCGGAUUGAGCGGUACUGCCUGGAGGCCGCCAUUGAGCUAGACGAUGACCCGGCUGUUGUGGAGGUUGCACCGCCGUCUCUCGCCGAAGGCUUUGCUGGUGAGCAGCUCCGAAACCAGCUGCAAGAUCUCUCCGACGACAUUUCGCUGUCGCACCCUAUCAUGGUGCCGUAUUUGCGGAGGGAAAUAGCAGCGUCACUAAAGCGAUACCUUGACCCCCUCCCGUGGCUCCCAAACCCGACCAAACAUGUCGUGCAGCCCUCCAGAGAUAUCACGGAACCCAGAGAGAAGGACAGAACACGUAUCACGAUCGAGUUCACGGAGCCUUCCUGGGCCGACCUAGGCCUUGCUCUCGUCAAGUCGCUGAAUGAGCAUGGCAUCUCAGGCCGUGGUCUCUUCCUGGAUGCACCGCAGAUGCCUGACGACCACCAGAUUAUGCAAAUAGAGAUUGACCAGCAGCUCUCGGGCCUGCAUCAAGAUGCUGAAGACCUUGAGAGCAGCGACAAGACUGCAAAGGACGUCAAGGCCGAAGAAAGCGUGGAUGCAGAGCCGGAAGAGCUCGCAAAAGCCAGCGGUCCUUCCACCUCCGACGACAAAGAGGCAGUUGCCGCCAAAGACAAAGACUCGCCCGACAACUCAUCGCAGAGGGAUGCCAGCAAGGAGGGAAGUGCAUCGCAGUCUCGCAAGCGUUCUCAGUCUGCGGCCGGGCUCCCCGAAGCCGGCGACGACGAACAUGCCGACACGAAGCGAAGCAAACGCAUCCGCCGGCGUGAGACGCUGGCUGAAGUUGCCGCUGACCCCAACGCUGCGUUUGCUGAACAACUUCAGCCCUACCAGGAAGCAGACCAGCACCUGUUCCGCCUGACAAAACAGCUUCUUGAAAAGGUCGGCGUCACCGAUAUCCCAGCACUAGACGAAACAAUCGAGGCGUGCGGCGAGACGGAGGGCCGUAUUGCCAAACUGCAGAACCAACUCGCAAGGGAUCUGCGUACCUCCCUCAUCACAGCGUUCAAAGACGACAGGGCGCGGAUUCUGCUCAACAAAAAAGACACUCCUGUGCUGGGCCUAGAGGCGUUUCUGGAACGCGCUAGGUCCGGCCACCAGCACCCGCCAGAGCGAGCAGCGUUUGAUGAGAUGCGAGACCUGCGUGCCUUUGUUAUUAUGGUGAACAAAGGCUGGUACACCAUCCAAGACGUCGUCCAUGCGUGGAUGUCUGCGAUGGCGCAAAGCUAUGGAUCCCUGAAGUGGUCCGAAUCUAUGAAGACGGUCGUCGUACAGAUGCUCAACACAUUUGACACACCAAUAGUUACCAGAGUCCUUGACGAGGUACAGCGUUCGCGGGACCUUGCCGGCUCCACAAAAGCGAUUGUGGAUUCUACUUCGAGACCGGCCAUGGCCGUCGAGGAGAUCCACGGCCUUGUUCAGAUGAUCUUCGAGCUGUAUAUCGACAUCUAUGAACGAAUCACGAACCCUAGCAGUGCGGUGGACGCGACCAUUCGCACAGAGACGAAGCUGCGACUCGACCGCUGGAUGAACCUUGCAUCAGACUUUGCUCGGUCGGCUCCUCGCGGCGAUAGGAACUUGACCUGCCGCUUUUUAUGGGCAUCUGUCUUUUCUACUGCCCUUACGCCGGGUGUUCCAAGGGACCAUAUCCUGGCCUGCUGGGAGAGCCUUCGUCAGACACUCUAUGAAGAACAACAGAAGGGCCCGACAAUCGAGGUUGUGUUGCCGAACAACGCCGUUAUGCCGGAAGUGUCGUACAAGGCCGCAGAUCGCGAGAUCAGCAAGCUCACAACGAUGGACUUCUUCCUUUCGCUCUUCCAGGAGGAGCUGAAGGACCCCGUCGUAAUCAUCGACAAACUCGAGCCGGUCCUGAACCCUGACUCUGUCUAUGUUCCCAUUGGCGACGACACUGCCGGUGAACAGAAACCCAUUUGCGAGUGUGCCUCGCCAGAACUUCGUGAUAUGUGGAAGUUCCUCCGCGGCAGCAACACUGAGCUGCGGCUGUUCCUCUGGACAAGGCUCGCCGAUGCCUACAAGGAGAUUGACUACUCCACAAAAGUGUUGUCAUGCUACCUGCGGUGCAUCGAGAUGGUCGUCCGCGACCUGGAAAGCGAACAGUAUCUGUCGACACCGCAGGAGUCCACCAGGCUGCAGGCGUUUAUGCUUCUCCUCAAGACGAUUGACGAGAUGACCAUCCAGGCCCUUCAUAUGGCCGUCAACGAUCCCCAGGUAUUUGAAGUCAUUGACGAAGAACAUGUCCGGUCAUCAGCAACUGCGCUGGCACGCAUCAGCUGCAUGCUCCACGUCGCGACUCUACACGAAGACGAGGUCCGCAUUGGCAUGUCUUCCACGGCAUCCAACACGCAGACGUUCCACUCCUUCCAAAACAAGCUGCGUGAAAUUCAGGUCCGUACUUGGAGUCUGCAGUACACCAUCCUAAAGACGGGCCUCAAGAUGGUGGCAGCCACAUCUGCUGCAGACGUCCGGGCUUCCGCCGUCCCGUCAACCCCAGGCUCGACGCCGGGGUCACCUCCUGGGCCUCUCACACCUACCAAGCCAGGCUCACCUCCUGCCAGCCACACGCCGCUGCCACUUUCUCUUCCUUCGAUUCAGGCCGACCUCGCAGAAUUUAUCGGCGCCAUUCACCAGGUUGUGGGCUCCCGGAAAUACUGCAAGGCCUCAAACAAGAUCUUCCUCCGCCUGGUGCGCGCCGAGCUGUUGAAGAUGAAAGGCAUCGACAACUGGGAGGACUAUCUUGGCCAGGUCCUGUACGACCUGCACGGCAUCAAGCUCGGUGUGGGCUCGUUUGACGUGCAGGAACACGGCUGCCCCGUUGAAAAGCUGGAGCGGAAGAAUGCACUUGCCCUGGUCGACAAGGUCAUGGCGCUGGCCAGUGGCAUGCAGAUGAAAGACCUUCUCAAGUCCGACCUCAAGAACACCAUUGAGCACAUGCAGCAGGCCAUUGGCCAGACACGGUCGACCAGCCAGAUGAUCCACAACCUUCGCUAUUUUACCGAAUACCUGAAGCGCCCUAUCCAUCCGAUGCGCCUCUACGAGGCAUGGAAGGGUGUCGUGGAACUCGACACGGUGUCGGCCACCACGCCGGAUACCGUGCUGGCCCGCAGUGGCUGGUUCUUUCUUAUGGGCAUGGUGGCCCUGACCAAGUUCAAGGGCGUCGACCUCAACCGCCGACAAACGCCAGGCGCUACCGACGACCUCCGUGUUGGCACGCAGUACUUGCGCCUGCAGCUGCAGCUGACCCCGACCCGGUGGGAUGCAUGGUUCCGUCUGGCCGAAUGCUCCGACUACGACUUGGACGAGGCUGUGCUCUGGUCUGCCGAAAAGAUUAACAAGGAUCGCGCCGAGCUCGUUAAGCUCCAGCGCAGUGCCAUCCACUGCUACACGCUGGCCUUGUCCUACUACCACGCCGACCCCAAAGAACUAUCCGAGAACGACUUUGACGCCGUGCACGACCUGUACGCGGAUUUUGGCCUGCGCAUGUACUCAAGCAGUCGCGAGCCCUUCGCCAUGGAAUGUUUCCAACACGCGCAGCACGAGCGCUGGUUCAUCGCGCCGGAUCACAUGUCGACCUACAAGAAGCUGCAGCAUGGCGAGAUGUCCAGCUACAUGGUCUGGAAGUACAGCGCUGGCCUCUUCCGCCGCGCCCUCGCGCGCCGUGGCAAGGACUGGAAGAGCGCGUACAUGCUGUCCAAGUGUCUGUGGAAGAUGUACCAAAAGCCCGUGGAUGAGCUCCAUCCCCGCGAGCGUGCAUCGCAUCCGUCGGUCGACGACAUUGUAUGUGCCCUAGAAAAGGCCAUCGAGGUGGUGUCCUUGCUGCCCAAGCCUCGACAUGGCCAGGACCCGGUGCUCGAGCCGCACUACAAGAUCGUGUCUGUCAUUGACAAGCUGGUACGUCGCAAUGAUUUGCACGCGCAGGCGGCCGUCGACAUCUUGCAGCGCCAGCCGUACGCCGUCCAGCACGGCGAGACGAUGUCAGCCACGAACAUGGCGGAAUGGGACGACUUCAUGGCCAAGACGCUCCAGCAUCUCCGCGACAAGGACAAGUCCAAUUGGCAGCACCGCAUGGCCAUCCGCCAGGCAAAGAUCCUGUUUGGCGACUGCGACCUAGCCGAAGACGCCGUACCAGUCGCCGAGGGUAUGGAUGUCGAGGAAGAGCACGGCACAGACGAUACGCUCGUAAUUGAGGUCGACGAUGUCACCAGCACCAACGGCACCAACGGCGUGUCAAAGGAGGCGAAAGAUCCCUCCAAUGGGACGACCAAGAACGGUGACAACGAGGCGACUUCGGACAAGUCCAACAAGGCCAUCGACAUGACAACGGAAAGCACAAAGGAAAAGAGCCAAGAAGCUUCUGCGGCGGACAAGAAGCCUGAUGAGAGAGAAGCCGACAACUCCAAGGCUGACAAGACCAACGACCAAGAGCACGUUGUUGGCAACGGCCCUGGUGCGGAAGAAGAGGCCAAUGACGUUUCCAUGUCCAAGUCAACCAAGAAGUCGUCGAAAGAGCCGACUGAAAAAAUUGGCGAUAGCAUCGUUGUGCGGUCGUCUCCUAGGGUCGCCGCCAAGGCGAACGAGAAGGGGUCUGACAAGGACGCCGGAAAUGACGCCGGAAAUGGCGCCAAAAAGGACGCCGACAAAGACGCCAACAAAGAUGCCAACAAAAUGGACAUUGACGAAGAGCCAGCCAACAAAGAGGGCGCAGACAAGGAUAGUUCGGAGAUCAAUGUCACUGAGGCUCCAGAACCAAACAGCGCGACGGACACCGCGAUGGCUGUCGACAAAGGUGGUGACAAGGAUGCCGAAAAGGAGGAGGACAAGGCUGUCACGAAGGUGGAGACUGACCCGGAAGAGGAGGUGCGCAAGGGAAAAGCUCAAGCGGCGUUUGCCGUGUUGCGCGAGUCCAUGUUCACCAAGACCAUGGUAAUGAACGUCUGGAAGUGCGACGCUGAACGCCCCGGUCGGCACCACGUGUUCACGGAGCAAUACAUCCGCUUCAUGACGCGGCUGCUCGUGGUCCUGGACGACCGCAUCAACCUCGAGGCGCUGCUGCGGCGGAUCCGCAAAAAGGGGGCCGACUUCUACCACUUUAACGACCUGUGGCAGACGUGCGUUGUCAGCUACCUGCGCUUGCUGCGCAAAUACUACAAGAUCCCCCACGGCGCCGACGUUGCAUUCAAGAACGUGACGCCCGAGGAGUUUGAGAUUUAUGCCGAGCGCAUUGCCGAGUGGGUGGAGAAACCGGACAUGGACCACUUUGCGCUCAACGCGAUGCGGGAAGCCAUUGAGAUCAAAAAGCUCAACGCGGGUCUGCUUAAGGGCGGUUCCAUUGACGACCUAAUUAGCGACUGCUACAGCGCCAUCUUUGCGGACGUUGGCCGUACGCUGCCCGGCGAGGACCCGGCCAAGAUUGUCGAAGAACGGCUGCGGAAGCUGCGAGAUGAGGCGGACAAGGCGGAAAAGGCAGAGCGGGCAGAGCGGGCCGAGAAGGAGAAGCAAGCCGAGGCGGCAUCGUCGACCACCGCGGCGAUCAUGCUGUCGUUCAACCUGCUGUCGGACCGUCACGGUGGCGGCGCCGACAAAGACAGCAUGAACGGCGUGUCCCGCGCCGGCUCCGAAACCCCUGGUGGCCUGUUUGCCGCGGAAAAGAUGGAACGCCAAGGCUCUGGCAUGGGCAGCGACCAUCCCCACCGCCGUGGACGUGCCCCCGGUGUGCGCCGCGUCGACAUCCUUCGAAAGGCCGAGCAGGCGUCGUCCCUCCUGGGCGACCUCCUUGCCAAGACGGGCGGCGGUCCAAGCGGUUCAUCCGGUGCUGCUGGUAGCGACGGCCAUGGCGCCACAGGUACCAACAUGCAGUCCCGUCGCGGCGGUGAUGGUCCAGGCGAGCGCGGCGGCAUGAGCCGGCGGUCGACACGUCUGGGCUCGUCCUCAAGCGCGCGCAACGACCUCAACGUGACGAGUGCCGAGGGUCUCGGCGGUGGCGAUGGCAAGGACAGCAAGGACGGCGACGGUAGUGGCGCCGAGGGAGAGGAAGGGGUCAGCACGCGCGGCCGGACGCGCAGCACGCGCAGCAAGAGCCGCCACCGUAGUGCCGGUCCGGGCCAGAACGGCGAUGGCGGCGCCGACGACACGGAGAUGAAGGAUGCGGACGACGAGCAUGACGAGGACGAAGGUGGCGGCGACAGCAAAGACGCCAAAAAGUCGGGCGGAAGCGAGGCUGGAUCGUCGCCGCAUGCGAGCGUCAACGACUGGGCGGACGAUGAGAGCGAACUCAGCGAGCUCAGCGACGUCCCGGCCGACUACGAAGAGAAUGCGCCUGCGUCGAUGCUGUUCCCGAAUCUGCGGCGCAGCGAACCUACCGAGACGGCCGAGAAUAGCGAAGCCGAGGAGGAAGAAGAAGAUGAAGGCGGAGAAGAGGAAGAACAGGAGGAAGACGAGGGCGAAGAUGUUGAAGAGGUCGAAGCUGAAGACGAAGAAGAAGAGGAGGAGGGCGCGACCGCCCUUGAAGGCGAGGAAGGCGAAGAAGGCGAGGCAGCCGCUGAAGUUGAUGAGGACGAAGAGGGUGAAGACAUCGAGGAAACGGAUGGAGAAGAAGAGGAAGACGUAGAAGAAGGCGAGGAGGGCGAGGACGACGAGGAAGAUGGUGACGAAGACGGAGACGAGGAAGACGCCGAAGAGGAGGACGAAGAAGACACAGUCGAAGCUGAGGGCGACGGCAAGGAUGCGGAAAUGGACGACGGGAGAGAGUCCAGUGUGGCCCUCGUCGAUGUCUAA